AUGAAGCCAACUUUAUCUCAGGCCAUACUGUCUCAAAUUGGGAACCCGUCCUUUAAUGGUCCCGAUUUUUUCCUCCAUGCUCCUCGAUCUCUGUCAUAUGGCAGCAACAAGAAUACCCCAGAGGCCACUCUCGCUGCCGAUCCAUUGCGGUCCCUACCUUCAGUCCUACAGAUGAUCACUUACUCUGGUGAUCGCACGGAUAUCGAAGCCUCCAUCACGGGCAUGUUAGCGGCCACUCCCGGAAUGAUACUCAGGCGACUUCCGAACCUUGAUCCAGGCUUCGAUUCUGAGAUUACUGCGCUAGACGCCUCACAGCAACAGCUGGUUCCUGGCUUCGCACUUUUCCUGAAUCGAAUGGCACGAUCCCGAUCACGUCCGUGGUUUCAAACAGACAUCCUCCACCCGGCUCUCAUCAUUGGGAUUGACGGGAAGGGGCAUGGGAACGUUAAUCGUCACCAGAACCCGCUUCAUGACCUUGCCCUCACCGUUCGAUCUCAUCUAAACGCUCACCUUGAGAACUGGCGUCGUCCUUGGCCGAAGCCCGCAUCCGUAAAUCUCGGUGAUGAGCAAUACGAGUCCCUCGAUGAUGAGCAGUACGAGUACCUCGAUGACGAACAUCAGGAUUUCCCGGUCGACGAUUGUAACCACUACAUCUCAUUCUCACCUUCACCUCUGGAGCAAAAGUCCUGUCCUCCAUGGAUGAUCAUGUUUGGAAUUGUAUACGACAGCGGCCGAGAUGGUCACCUGACAAUUGUUGCCCAUAUCCCUCAUGCACCCGCAGGCGAGGACCUCAUUGAUCUGGAUAACAAUACGACCCACUAUGUCUCAUGCGUCAUCGACCGUAUAUCCAUACCCGGCAUAAUGAACGCUACAGAUAUUCAAGCUACCAUCCCCAGUACUUUUGAGUCCCCAUAUCUAGCCAACUUGAGGGCCGUAAUGUGUCUCCUGACGCUCAAGCGACAUGCUGUUGUAAUGGCAAACGCAUGGGAGAAGACCAUGUGGCCCGACAAAAUCGUCGAGAACAUAGACUUGAUCGAAGACAAACACUUGCCGCCACUACGUACUGCCUCAGAAAGUGGAGAGGAUGGCAUUGAUGUCGUCGUGGUGAGAAGCAAGGGGGAUAGCGGUGAAGGUAGCGCAUAUGGGGAAGGAAGUACACUUUAUCCCUUAGAGAAAGACGAUCCGCCUGAGCACAUCAGCGCGGCGCAUCGGGAGGAAAUUGAGAAGAGUGUUCGAAAAGUUGAGUCUUGGAUGAGACGGAUGCAGGGGGAGGUGGAAAUAUGA